AUGCUCGCGCCAUUCGUCGAGGAGCUGGACAGGCUAGCCCCUUCGUUCAAGAUACACGGGUCUCGCAUCCGCAUAAUACAGACACCCACCGACUUCUACGAGACGCUCAAGGACAAAAUCAGGCACGCCGAGCGGAGGAUAUUUCUCUCUACGCUCUACAUUGGCAAGUCGGAGAAGGACCUCAUCGCGACGCUCCAGGAUGCACUCCGCGCGAAACCCGACCUUAAGCUCAGCAUUCUCACCGAUGCCCUGCGCGGCACCCGAGAGAGUCCCGAUGCGUGCUCGGCGUCGCUCCUGGCGCCGCUCGUUUCCGAGUUCGGCCCGGAGCGGGUCGAGAUCCGCAUGUACCACACGCCGAACCUGACUGGGAUGCGCAAGAAGCACAUACCCCGCCGAAUCAACGAGGGCUGGGGCCUGCAGCACAUGAAGCUAUACGGGUUUGACGACGAGAUCAUACUGUCGGGGGCGAACCUCUCGACAGACUACUUCACCAACCGUCAGGAUAGAUAUCACAUGUUCUCCUCGAGCGACAUUACGUCGUACUUUUGGGGGCUACAGAAAGCCGUUUGCUCACUCAGUUUCCUUGUUCGCCCAUCGUCCGAGUCGGCCUCGGGCUUUGAGCUAGACUGGCCCACGUCUAACGAGGCGCCAUCGCCACUGGAGAAUCCAAAACAGUUUGUGGCAGAUUCUACCAGACUGCUACGGGACCUUAUCUCGGCCAGACCGCAGUCGCGGAUCGGCGGGAGCAGCGGUGUACCAAACAAUGGCCUGGCAGACAUGACACAAGCACAGAGACAGGUUAUGCCGCCAUCGCACGGCGCAGGGGAGGCCCCAGACACGUCUGUGUACGUGCUCGCGCAAAUGUCGCAGCUCCUGCGGCCCGACACCUCGACGGAGCAGGCGGCCCUAACACACGUCCUGUCCACGCUCGCAUCGUCGCCGGCGGGGCUAGCCACGGGCUCGUCUUGGACCUUCACGGCGGGCUACUUCAACCCCGCGCCGUCGCUGACACGGCUGCUGCUGUCAACCGUGCCGGCCGGCAGCCGCGGCACCGUAAUCACGGCGUCCCCCUACGCGAACGGCUUUUACCGCUCCCGUGGAGUCUCGGGCAUGCUCCCGGACGCCUACAGCCUCCUGGCCCGCCGCUUUCUCGACGCCGUGGAGCGGCAGCGACGGGGGGUGGUCGAGAAGGGCGGCAGCAGCGACGGCGACGAGGUCCCGACCGUAACGCUCAAGGAGUGGCGGCGCGGCACGUCGGGCGAGCCGGGCGGGUGGACUUACCACGCCAAGGGGCUGUGGGUGACGCUGGGCGGCGACGGGGCGACGGGGCCGUCGCUCGCCGUCAUCGGCAGCUCCAACUACACCAAGCGGAGCUACUCGCUGGACCUGGAAGCCAAUGCGCUCGUCGUGACCACCAACGAGGGCCUGCGGCGGCGGCUCGCCGAGGAGCAGGCGUGGCUGCAGGAGCACGCGGCGCCGGUGGGCUUGGACGACUUUGCCAAAACGGAGCGCCGGGUCGGGCUCAAGGUGCGGAUUGCCAUGUGGAUUGUGAAGAUGGUGGGCGGACAGCUGUGA